UAGCUUUAAAUUUUUAAAACACGCUACACAUAGCAAGAUAUUUUUAUAUAGACCAGCGCGGAUAGUAAGAUUUCAAAAUUUGUGGUGAAUCUAUAAAUGAAUCUACAUGUAUGUACGGUAUGUAUGUACAUACCCCUCCUGGACUAAGAGCGCUUGCAUGCAUAAUGCAUUGAACCUGCAGACCAUGAGCAACAAAUUAGGCGCUCAUCUGGCACUGGCACCAACCGAUGCUCGCAGCUGCUCGCUGAUUAUGAGUCGCAGACACACUGAAAUGGAAAAUUAAUCUACACGUCAAUAUAUACACACACAUAAUACGGUUUGUGUGAAAAUGAGAGCAGAUAACAUGGAAGGAGAAGGUACAAAAACCGAGAAUCCCAUCCUUACCGAUCAGCUGUCAAGCAAUACGAAAAACAGUGAGACUGAUGAUGACUCUUCAGAUGAAGCGACGAGCCAUUCGAGUUCCCAAGACUCAUGGGGUUUUAGACCAAUUUUACACUCAUCGGCAAUUGAGGAUGAGGUUGCCGAGUAUAAGCCCUCAAUUGUUCUCAUUAACCCACCGCCAAGCUGGGCUAAAAAAUUCUCAACCAGCAUUUUAGCGCGAGUUGGGGAUGACAGGUCAUUACAACCUGCAGUCAAGUGCGCUGGUGAAUUCAUUCCUCUACAGCUGAGCAAAGAGGAACAGCAAGAAGCGAGCGUGGAAUUGACUAUUAUGAGACUGCUCACAAGCAUUAGGGAUAAGGUGGAGAAUAGUGGAGAUGAAGAAAAAAACUCAUCUGAGGAUAAUGAUUCCAGUAGCCCUAUCGGCUCAAUUGUGGACGAAUCAAGCCAAAACAUUAGCCAGGACCUAGGAAGUUCUGAACUUGCAUUAAAAACUGAAAAUGCUGAUAAGCUAGAUGAAGGGAAACCCUCACAGAGCAAGAGAAGCACGCAGGUCUCUGGAAAUUGUGAUGAAGCAGGCAUUAAAGAGUUCAGCAUCCACGAAAGACUGAAAAUGGUUUCCACUGAUCUAGAAGUGGUUGAUCUAGAGGAAGGAGAAAUCUCUGAUGGCAUUGCAACUGAAUUGUCCCAAUCCAAACAUUUUGACGAUUUGAGAAGUAAAAUUAACAGCAAGAAACAUGAAGUCAAUAUUCUCAAGAGGAAACCCCCGUCUGCUGCAGAAAAUGACUACAGCGACGUCAAACUGACUAAAUAUCGUAAGCUCUUUGUUGACCAAGUGGAAAUAGUCUCAGUCGCAGACAAACUCAAUCAAAUGCGCAGGAAUGGCAUUGGAACUGACUGCGAAGUCAAUGUCGGAGACAGGACUUACCACUGUCACUCGCUGAUUUUGAUGAGGAAUAGCACUUACUUAAGAGAUUUGUUCAGGGAGAAAAGCACCUACUCGGUAGAAAUUGAGGACGUGACUCCUGAGGUGUUCCAAAUAAUCUUGGACUACCUGUACCUGAGUAAUGUUAAUUUCAAGUCCUAUGGAGAAGCACGACAAGUACUUGCUGCGUCAUUAGCGCUCCAGAUUCCCGAACUGGUGAAAAUUUGCACCAAGUUCUGCACUCAGCAGCUGCUUGGAGACCAGUCAACCUUCUGGCCUGCCUUGGAUAGCCUCUUGAAAGACCAACCAGAGCCAUACCAACUCAAUCUGUCACAAAUUAGUACCCUCAACACCCUUCUCAUAAGUAAAGAGUUCCUCAACAUAGACAUCAAUACUCUGAACUUCAUUGUGGAGCAAAAGUUCUUCAUCCGUUGCUAUGAAAACAUUUUGAUCACGUCUGUGGAGGAGUGGGCCAAACAUCAUCUGCAAAACUCGAAAAUUGAAGUUAACCUUGACAACCUGAGGUCAAUUCUGGGCAGGGUUUUCUUCAAACUCCGCUAUUUCUCUCUUUCACAAAAAGACCUUUGUGCAUUGUUCAAGAAAACUCAACUUCUGACAGAGAGUGAAAAGCUUUAUUUAUUAGAAUGGAGCGUUACAAGAACUGGGAACCCUCAAAGUGAAUCCUUAUGCACCAUCAAGUAUUCCAGGGGGACAUGCAGCUCGAGUGUUCUUCGUCUUCCAAAAUUUUCUGGUGCUUCUUACCUUUCAGUUUAUGAUGCAAACAAAGUAAACUGCUCCUUCUUCUUCACCCCAACCACUGACAUGCUCCUGUUGACUUUUGACUACUUCUCUCAGAUUCCACCUGUUAAGCCGCGAUCAAAUGUGUACAAUGAAGAGUUCACUGCUCAAAUUCUUAGGAUCGACGAUGAAAACCGUUUGGAGGUCCUGCGUGAAGUACACUCUGUAAACAAAGUGGAGUAUGACUCGAUCAUCCGAGUGAAGAUGCCUGUGCCAGUGCUGCUGCGCAAAGGCAGGCGCUCAUCUUACGGCAUCAAACUAAUCCUGAGUUCUGCAGGUAAAUACAAGGUGCUAAAGAAUAACUUCUGGGGUGGUAUGAAUCCUUUUGAAAAAAAUCACCUCAAACCCUUAAAGAGCGAUUGGUCCUGGGGAAAUGACGGCAUCUUUUCUGCCCUAAGCUACAAAAUCUUGGUCUGAUUGGAGACUAUUACGUUAGCUUAGUGGGGUUAUACUGUGCUCAUAGACUUUAAAACAAGUCACCGUAACUUAAAAAAUGGUCUAGUUGAUCACGAGUAAACAUAAAUAUGUGGUUUUCGAGAAUGAAUAAGCAAUCAAAAGCACACCACAUAGCAUAAUUUACAUGGGUCAAAUUAAAAAAGAAACCUUUAUGGCACGCCUUUCCUCUUACUUGAAGAGAUGAUCUAUAGGUUACACCAACUGCUGUAUCAAAAACCGUAGUAAAUAAUAAUUAAUGGUGUUAAUAAAGAAUAGUGUAAAAUCAACUGCUUAAGAGCCGCAAAAGCCUUUUCCAACUUUCUGUGCUUUAGAAUCAAUGAGACUUACAGAAGCAAAUAUUUGAUUUCAUACAUAUUUCUGAAUUAGGGAAUAAUAUAUACUUCUCAAACAGUAUUUGAAUUAGCGCAUAUCUGCUGUGCUUUUUGACAGCCAGAUCUUAUCAAAAUUUGAUUGGCCUCUAUGCCAAAAGGCAUUGGUGCCAUCUAUUUUAGAUUUGUAAGUAAAUUAAUGCAUAGUUUUUAUUUUUAAAAUCCAUGAAAAGGUUUCACAAUAAGAACUAGCCCAAGACUCAGAUUAAUAGUGGACGUAUAAGUAAGUUUCGCUUAUUUAUGCUUUAUUAUGGAAAUGUCUAUAACUAAAACAUUACUACUUUUAUUCAAUGUUAUAAGCAAAAAUCAGUUAAGUUUUGCUAUACUUCAGUCAGAAAUUAAGAUGGUAAUUGUUGUUUUUGUGUGACUUGUACAACUAAAAUACCUUUUAAAAAUAUCUGGCAAUGCGGAGCUUAAAUUUUCACAAAGAAGACAACUAUAAUUAUAUGUGUGCAAGAUUUAAUUCAUACGAUUUUGACAUGAGAUGUGAACUAUCCUUUAAUUGCUAAAUAUUGUGCUAUGCUAUUAUGUUUACAAAGAUGACUGUCGUCUUCCUUUAGUGCCCUGAUUUUGCUGUUGGUUUAACCUGAAUUGUAUUUCUCUCUGGCUCAAUAAAUAUUGCGCCAAGACUUGAUUUUCACAUUGACCAAAAAUAUGGUCAAAUUUUAAGUUUAUGCAAUUUUGUCUUAAAAACCACAGACUAAAAUAAAUAUAUUACUA